GUACGCGGUGACGUAGAUAGAAGGAGACUGAGUAGACCUGCAGCAGCUGUAUCAACACGUCUGGACCAGAAACUGGUGGGAACCAGCUGCAGUCUCGGGGAGAGUUCAAAGAACAAGUGAAGGAGACAGGUAAGACCGUCACGUCAACAAAGAGCUGGACACGAACAGGUGCGGCAGGUGCAUCUACCUCUCAGCAUCCCUCUCCGGGGCCACGCAGGGCUCCACUUGUCCGGGAUGGCGGAGGAGACCCGGGUCAUCUACCACCUGGAAGACCAGGAAACCCCCUACCUGAUCCGGAUCGGCGUGCCCACGACGCGCGUGACCCUGGCGGACUUCAAACAGGCCCUGAGCAAACCGAACGUCAAAUUUUUCUUUAAGUCGGUGGACGACGACUUCGGGGUGGUUAAAGAGGAGAUCAGUGACGAUGACACCCUCCUGCCGUGUGUUAACGGACGAGUCAUCUGCUGGGUGGUGUCAUCGGACACCUGCACAUCAGAUUUCAAGGGGUCGGACAUCCAGUCUGUGGCCACGCCCUCUAGUGUGGCCCCACCCCCCAUUGAAAGGACAGGUGGGAUCGGAGACUCCCGACCUCCAUCGUUUCAUGCAGCAGCUGUGAGUCGUGACGACUCGCACCCUUCAGUCGUUUCAGCAUCGGAAAAACUGCAAGGAGGCGUGGCUGCUGCCUCUGCAGGUGGACAUCUGAAUGGACAUGUCCACCAAACGUCUGAUGAGGUGGUGGGGCCAGUAGGUGGCGGGGACAGCUCCUCCACCCAGCAGAGCAGCGAGUUGGAGACCACCAGCUUCUGCUCAUCUGAGGAAGACUCAGGGGGAAGGUUCAGCCAAUCCACAAAGCUGAGCAGCUUGUCGCCACGACUCAUCAGGAGACAACGGCGGCGCCACCGGAAACCCAAAGAAUCUCGGAUGGAGAGGUCCGUCUCCUUCAGCAGUGUCACCGACUCCACCAUGUCUCUCAACAUCGUCACCGUUACCCUCAACAUGGAGCGGUACAACUUCCUGGGCAUCAGCAUCGUGGGUCAGAGCAACGAUCGCGGGGAUGGAGGUAUCUACAUCGGUUCUAUCGUGAGAGGGGGCGCCGUUGCAGCCGAUGGACGCAUCGAGCCAGGAGACAUGCUUCUGCAGGUGAAUGAUAUCAACUUUGAGAACAUGAGCAAUGAUGAUGCGGUCCGAGUUCUGAGAGACGUUGUCCACCAGCCAGGGCCGGUGACGCUGACCGUAGCAAAGUGUUGGGAUCCGAACCCACGAGGCUGCUUCACGCUGCCCAGAAGUGAGCCUGUCCGACCUAUUGACCCCGCUGCAUGGGUAUCUCACACCGCCGCCAUGACUGGGAGGCUCCUCCCACAUUACAGUAUGUCGUCGCAGCCCAUCUCUUCUGUCCCCUGUACAUCACACAUCCACUCAGCUUUGUCUUCCUCAGGUGUCCACGAAGACCAGCACCUGAAUGUCCACAGCGACAUGACAGUGAUCGUCAAGGCGAUGGCCAACCCAGAGUCAGGCCUGGAGGUUCGAGACAGGAUGUGGUUGAAGAUCACUAUUCCCAACGCUUUUAUUGGUUCUGAUGUGGUGGACUGGCUCCACCGUAACGUGGAAGGUUUCCCCGACCGCCGCGAAGCUCGCAAAUAUGCCGGCAACCUGCUGAAGGCUGGCUUCAUCAGACAUACCAUCAACAAGGUCACGUUCUCUGAGCAGUGCUACUACGUGUUUGGAGACCUGUGCGCAGACUUGGGCUCCAUGUCUCUAUUAGACGACGGAGAGGGACCAAGUCAAAGAGGAGGAUCGGACUGCAACCCUUCGGCCUUCCCCUACCAAUACCCCAUACUUCACCCCUACAGCUCCCCUUACCCCCUCCACCAGCUGCCUGCCUUAGGUGGGGAAGGGAACCACCACAGUGAAGGUGUUCACAGCAGCCAAUCAGAAUUCAGUGAUGACCAGAAGGAGCGAGAAGAUGGAGGAGGAGGAGGAGGAAAAGAUGGAGGGGGAGGACAGCUAGAAUUUGAGACUAUAAAAGAGGAGGAGAGCUCUUCGUGUCAGGCGACUGACUCCCUGAGUGACGGUGCUCCCCCUCGUCUUCCAUCCUCUCAUUCUCGUCUUUAUGGUGACACACACGUUCUGCCUCCUCUUGGAGGUCAGAGCUCCUCCGUUCCACCACAGAUCCCCCAGCAGUCUUUCCACCUGGCCAUGGGACACCCCAGUGACCUCUUUGUGGAUGUCAUGUGAACCUGUAAUAAUGAUGUCACAUCCUGUUAGGUGGUGGUUCUGUACUUCUACCUGCAGCUGAAACUAUACCAUGUUUCUGAAUUCAUUAAUGUUUCUGAUCACUGUGAAGAAGGCCUAAACCCCACAAAGACCUGGACUUGGUCUGAACCGAUCCGUAAUCCAGGAGCCGUCUCCUACAGCCCGUGUGCCUGCUGCUGGGAUUUAGCCACGUUUAGCCGAGUUGACUGGAAACUGGACCAACAACCUGGGGACUGAAGGAGGACCGGUCUACUUCCAGAGUCUUUCUGUAAACACAAACCAGGAAGCAGGAAGCAGCCAGGCUUCAGGCUGCAGCGUUUCUAGGUUAGAUCAGUGAUGUGUCCUCUCUGUCCAUAGAGACUCGCUAACAUCUCAAUAAACAUCUAAUUGGUUGA